AUGAAGCUUUCAACUGGUGCUGGAAACUUAGGCGUUUUGAUUCCAAAGAUUGCUUCGCUGUUGCGCAGGUUUGCUACUAUAAAAAACCCAUCAGUUCGGCUGCGAAAUUUGUUUCGUGACUUUUGGUUUUGUUGUACAGUGCUCGGAUUUAAUGUUGCUCGGAUAGGUCUUUGGCCAGAAGAGUGGUUUGAAGCUGCUUGUGAGAUUGCUUGUAAGUCACCUGUACUCACACCUCAAGAGAGUCUUCGUGCUGAACUUGUUGCAAAUGCUACAAUCAAAAGCAAUAAUGUAUUACCGGUUUGUUUCAAACAUAAACUCAAUGUUGUUACUGUUGGUAAUAGUUUCUCAUUUCAUGCCACAGUUGGUGAAUGGUAUGCAGAAUUGCAAGAAAUCAGAGUAACUAUUUUGUCCGAAAUUUCUUCUUCACCCGAGGUAACAGUGGUUGUCAAUAAAUUGGAAUUUACCCAUUGUAUUUAUCUCUUAUCAGUAUUUCGCAUGGAGCUCAUGCGUGCAUUGCACUCUACAGAACCGGGAGCAGUCCAUUCAAUAUUUCAAUAUCUCGAAGACAAGUCUAUAAGAAAAGACAAGGACGGGAUUUGGACAUGUCUUCUUGCGGCAGCAAGAACCAUCUUCAGUAAAUAUUUAAAAGUUGCCAGUGAUCGGAAUUUAGAUUCAGCUCACGAACGUCAGCUUGAAUUGCAUGCUCAGUUUCUGCUUAUCAUGUUCAACCAUCAUCUAAAAGAGGUAAGGAAAUGCGCAGAUACUUGUCUUACCAAUUUAAUCGGCAGCUUUCCUCAUUUACUUUGGAAUGGCAAUAUUAUUAAUGUUGCACUACAAAUACUGGAAGCACUUUCAAACAAUCUCGAAAAUGAUACUGAUUGCGAAAUAAUGACUUUGUCUUUUCCAUCUCUGCAUCGAACUAUACAACUUCAGGAUACCCUGGAUCGAAGGAAAUUAGUGGUACAAGACUUUUCUUUGCGCUGUGAACAAAUUCUUCAGGAGGCAAUCAAAUGGGCACCAGGCAGUACUCACAGCUAUUUUGUUAAAUAUAUUGCGAGUAUUAAUCCUGGCUGUUCUGGCAGUUUUCGUUUGACAGUAGAAGCUAUACUAAAAAGUCUAAACGACGCAUCUGGCUGUACAAUUGAUACCAGCCCACCUCUUUAUCUUUCUGCUCUACAUUUAAGAUCAUUAUAUCUUGGCAAGGUAAAGGGCAUGAUAGAGACAUCGAAAGCUGAAGAAGAGACUAGACCACAAGAACGGCUUGCUAAUUUGUUUGAGCAGCAACUGGAAAAAGCUUGUAAAAAUGGAUGUGAUGAAGAAAUGCCUGAGUCCAUACUGAAACUAGCAGCUCUUUUCAUUUUAAUGAAAGAAGUGUCUAAUCAAACUAAAAAACGUGUUACAGAGCUGGAAAGCCGCUUGUUACAUAUCCUUGUUUUUGUACCACUCAAAAAUUUCACUGCUUCAACAAUGCGUCUUUGUGUAAUCGUGUGGAACUGGAUUCUUAUAGCUCGAGAAGAUAUCCAGCUUCAAUUUCUUCGAGAAAUGACGACGUGUUGGACAAUUACGGCCCAAGAUCAUCUAGGUAUUUUUCAACAUGAUUCGGAGAUUAUUUCUCCUUUAAGUUUGCAAUAUGACUCAGCUCCGAAGCGACCGCAUAUUCUUCCACACAGCAUAUGGAUUUCUUUUUUGGCAGAAAGAGUGGAUAUUGCUAAAUAUUCAAGCAGAGAACAGCUAGAUAUUUUGGAAUUGAUGUUUUCUCAAACACUUCCACUGAACGUGGGUCGUCUGAAAGUAGAUGCUAAUUCAUCGACAUGUAUUUCUUCCGAUUCGAGUCUUUGCAAAGUCGAUCGAGCACAUGUUGCAAUGACAAGAAAUGUUGAGGCGAUUGGACUACGGUGUCAUGUUCUUAACUGUGUGCUUUCCAUGAUACAGCGUGAUUCGAUAUCAUUUCGUAUUUCCAAAAAUAUCUUGCGACAACGCGUAUAUUAUGCGAUGUUGGAUUACUUUUCUGUUCCUGCUCAAACGCCAACGCAGAACGCAGCGCAGUUGAAGAAUGACAUACGAUUGCUGAUCAUGUUUUGGAAUACCCUUUUCUCGGAUGUGAAAUAUAUCAAGAAAGAAAUAUUUGCUAGCGUUGACACUGAACUCAAUUUGGAAUCUUUCCAGCAGAUUUUAAAUGAUAACUGCAAGUCCGACACGGCGUAUAAUCGUGCUGACAUGCAAACUCGUCAUGCAAUGACAACCAGCAAUUGUAAUUGGGUAACGCUUGUAGCUGCACAAGGCAAAGGUGGUUCGCUACAAAAGAAUACACUCAAUACCAGUCAGGCAAAUGAAAUCGAACGCUUAAGUGCAUGGUUAAAUCCGUUGGGUGAAGCUCUGGGUUUGGAAGAUGCAAACAUUGAACAGUGGCGAAAAUCAACAUUUCCCGAUGCGAGAACAGAGGCUAAGCUUCUCCGGGAAAAUGUCAAGAUUGCUUGGCAGAUUUGCCCCGAACUGGCAGUAUUUCGUUCUUGCUCUGCUUGUCAGACGGCUGUCCAAGAGCUGCUCGUUGAUUCGCCGGAAUUAGUGACCGAUUUGCCUGAAGCUCUUUCUUUGAUGUUGGGAGAAGGAAAGAUUCUUGAAGAAAAAGUAGAGGAUUUGAAAACAUUAAGUCACAUUUUAACUUGGGCAAUAUGUGAUCCAGUGAUGGCUUUAUCAUUGCUCGGUGCACGUCAGUACCCGACACAUCCCAUUACAGUGCAGUAUGCUGUGCGUGUAUUGAGAUCAUAUCCACCAGAUGUGCUUCUGCUGUAUAUUCCGCAGCUUGUUCAAGCAUUAAGACAUGAUACGAUGGGUUAUGUUGCUGAGCUAAUUAUGUGGUUGGCUGGUCAUUCGCAACUUUUGGCUCAUCAGUUACUGUGGAAUAUGCAGGCAAAUAUGUAUAGGGACGAAGAUUCAAAAGAAAAGGAUCCCGAUUUGCAUGGACUUUUAAGCGAAUUGAUCAAUAAGGCAUAG